UUCAGAAAACUGGCCUGUCUUCCUUCAAACGAACUUCUCUUUUUUGUUCGUCAAAAAAAGAAGCAAGCUGCUCAUUUCUCAUUCUUCCCACACUCAGGAGAGAGAAAUUUUAUCAUUUAUCAAUUUCCAGAUUAUCCCAAAUUUCGAGGCAAGGAUAUUAUCCACAACUAUCUCAGCUCAUUUGUAAGAUUUUGAAGAUCAACCAACUUUGACAUCUUUAUCAUCUUUGAUUAGUAUUCAUGAGUUCAUCAAUUGGUUCAAUCCAUGAGUUAUACCAUACCCUAGAAAUCAAAGACGAAAGACCUUACUUAAUUCGAUUCAUCGAAGAUGUAAAAAAGAAAUCCCUUUCAUACCACACUUACCAAGCUCUUGUACUAAUUGUAACCUUCUUAUCCUAUGCAACAUACCAUCUAACAAGAAAAACCUCAAGUAUUGUAAAAAGUGCCCUUGAUCCUCAAACACCAACUUCACCCUCUUUAAACCUACAAUCCUACCCUUUUCAAAGAAAUUACCUUAAUCACUUAUCAAAUGGAAACUUAUCAAAUGGAAACAUGACAUUAUUAGGUGCUAAUGAUGGUGGAUGGGAGCCUUUUAAUGGGAGUGAUGGAACGGCUAUGCUCGGUUACCUUGAUGUAGCAUUUCUUGCAGUCUAUGCUUUAGGAAUGUUCUUCUCCGGUCAAAUCGGAGAUAGAAUGAACUUAAGAGUGUUUUUAACCAUUGGAAUGAUGGGAACCGGUUUAUUUACCGCGUUAUUUGGAUUAGGUUAUUGGUUCAACAUCCAUAAUUUUUACUACUACUUGGUUAUCCAAAUGGUUGCUGGUGUUUUCCAAUCAACCGGUUGGCCCUCAGUUGUUGCAGUUGUUGGAAACUGGUUUGGAAAAGGUUCCCGAGGUUUGAUCAUGGGUGUUUGGAACGCGCAUACCUCAAUUGGUAACAUAACCGGGUCAUUGGUUGCAUCCGCCCUUUUGAAAUACGGGUGGGGAUGGUCCAUGAUGGUUCCGGGUCUUAUUAUCAUGUUCUUUGCAUUGGUUGUGUUCUUCGUGUUGCCUGUUAGUCCUUUGUCUGUUGGUAUGCAUAUGGGUGAUGAAGAAGAAACUAAUUCUCCUAAAAAAGGUUUUUUGGUUGAACCAUUUAUGCCAUUAGAAGCAAUUGAUGAACAUGAAUCAUCAUCAAGUGGUGAUGAAGAGAAGGCUAUCGGGUUCAUGGAAGCGUGGAGGAUUCCCGGGGUUGCGAAUUAUGCUCUUUGCUUGUUCUUCGCAAAAUUGGUUGCUUAUACUUUCCUGUAUUGGCUUCCCUUCUACAUCAGUUAUACAGAAAUCGGAGGAGAAUACCUAUCAAGCGAAACAGCAGGAAACCUCUCAACCUUCUUCGACAUUGGAGGGGUAAUCGGUGGAAUUUUAGCCGGUUAUGUAUCCGAUAAACUCGAUGCAAGAGCAAUAACAGCAGCUUCAUUCACAUAUUUCACAAUCCCAGCUUUAUACUUAUACAGAAACUAUGGAUUCAUCAACAUGUACACCAACAUCGGUCUCAUGUUUAUUGCUGGUAUGUUCGUUAAUGGACCGUAUGCCUUAAUCACAACCGCGGUUUCAGCUGAUUUAGGAACACAUAAAUCUUUAAAGGGAAAUUCAAGGGCACUUGCUACUGUUACUGCUAUUAUAGAUGGAACAGGAUCAAUUGGUGCUGCAAUUGGACCUUUGUUAACUGGUUAUUUCUCAGCUAUAAGUUGGGAUGCAGUUUUUACUAUGUUGAUGACAGCGGCUUUGAUUGCCGGGUUGUUGCUUACGAAACUUGUGAUCGAAGAAAUUCGGGGGAAAAUCGAUGGUCUUCGAUCUCCUAGAGGGUCUGCAGAUGUUCUUGUAUGAAAAAAAAAAUCAAAAAGAAGUUCAAAUUUUUUUGUUCAUUGUGUGAUGGUUUUGUUUUAUAGGGUGUUGUUUUGUUGAACUUAGGUUCGAGUCCUUGGCUCGUAGGAUGAAACGAAGAGAUCGAUGGCAUUUCUGUAAAUUCUGUUUCGGAUCAGGGGUUUUUAUCGAGGGAUCGAGUACUAAGUUCAAGAUCUAGGAUCUAAGAAACAAAGGAAAAGGUUGUGCAUUUUUAUUUCCUUUCCAUAAACUAUAUUUGGAAUUAUGGAGGGGAGAAACUUCAUGUUGUAAAUUAUAAUGUAACACAUUUGUACAGGGGUUUUUUGUUUAAGUUGUACUAAAAAUCGGCAUUCAAAAUGGUUCGUUUAUGAGGCA